AUGGGUCGCGUUCGCACCAAGACCGUGAAGAAGUCCGCCAAGGUCAUCAUUGAGCGUUACUACCCCAAGCUCACCCUCGACUUCGAGACCAACAAGCGCAUCUGCGAUGAGAUUGCCAUCAUUGCCUCCAAGCGCCUCCGCAACAAGAUUGCCGGCUACACCACCCACUUGAUGCGCCGUAUCCAGCGUGGUCCCGUCCGCGGUAUCUCCUUCAAGCUUCAGGAGGAGGAGCGUGAGCGCAAGGAUCAGUACGUGCCCGAGAUCUCGGCGCUCGACUUCGCCCAGCUCAGCGACGAGGGCCGUCUCGAGGUCGACUUUGAGACCCGCGACCUGCUCAAGCACCUUGGCUUCGACAACAUCCCCAUCAACGCCCAGGCCGUCUCCCAGCAGCAGCAGCCCGAGCGUGGUCCUCGCCGCUUCAACGACCGCCGCUAA